UUUGGGACGCGGAGGGAUUCAAACUAACGGCGCCGCGCGGAGUUUCCUGGCGGAGCGGUCUGGGGGUACUUGCGAUUCCGGAUACCCGUUCCGAGCUGGAUGCUGGGCCGGAGCCUCCCCAACUGUACCAAUGGAUCCCGUCGGAAAGUUCUGUGGGAAGCUGCGUGACCUGGCCGUGACCCUGGAGAGGGAGACGGCUCAGCUGCAGCGGGCGCUGAACGGAGAAGAUGAGGACUUUGAAGAUUCUCCAAUGAGAAUUUUACAUGACUUGCAUUUGGAAGUGAAGACUCUAAAGGAUGAUGUUAAUAUUCUUCUGGGUAAAAGUCAUUUGGAGAGGGAAGAAAGCAACAAUUUUAUAAAGAACACCAAAUUACUGAUGGAAAGGAAUAAAAUGGAUAUCACAAAAAUAAGAGACUUAUUCCAGAAAUAUGGAUAUAAGCCAAGUGCUAUGGAAGAUCCAGUGAUAAAGGAGGAUGUUGGUGAUGUUAAACAAGAGGAGGCUAACUGCAAAAACUCUCCAAAGUCUGAGACAGAGAAAGAAGAUACAUCUGGUGGUUCUGUUCAAAAUAACCAUGUUUCUCAGAGCCCUCCACGUAGUCCGCAACUUUCAGAUUUUGGACUGGAAAAGUAUAUGUUUUCCAGAAAUUGGAAUAUUCAUGUACCAGCAAUGAAUAUUCCUAAGCAAGAGCAAAUAACUAUGCAUACACCUUUGAAACAGACCUCCCCUAAAGUGUUGAGAACUCCAAAAUGCAACUUGAAGAUGGAUGAGUAUGCAGUGGUAACUCCUAAGCUGGAACACUUUGGUAUUUCAGAACAUACCAUGUGUUUAAAUAAUGAUUACACAAUGGUGCUUAAAAAUGCCCAGAAAAAUAAAAGUUCUUCUAAGAAUAUUACUCAUGAAAUAAACAUAGAAGCAAAAUUAGGAGGCAACAACAACACCCUAAUUCCUUCUGGCUCCAUACUUGAGCAGUUGAAAGAAAAUUGUGCUAACCAUGCCAAUUCCCCUUUGGGGCCUGUAUUCUUCACUCCUGGCUUGAAAGUCCCAUGUAGAAACAGCAAUCCAGUUUUAAAUGUCCCUAAACCUAAAGAGCUUGGUCUCUCCACUAAUGACAAAGAAAUACUAUUUCAUCCAAACUUUAAAGUGGAUGGAUUAAAAAAUGAAGCAAAAGGGAUAAUAAUUUCACCAACAUCAGACUCAAAUAUUUUGCCAAGCAGUUUGGAUUCAGAUGAUUGUGCUUCAUUGGUUUCACAAUCUGCCAACUACUUUGAACAUCAUAGAGAAGUCCCUCCUCCCAAGAUUUCUGACAGUGAAAAUCUGCUAAGAACACCUACGCCUCCAGAAGUAACUACAAUUCCGGAUGAUAUCUUCCAGCUGUUAUCAAAGUAUGAUUCAAAAUUAGCCACUCCAAUAGCAUUUAAACCAGGAUCCAGCAAAGCACUUUAUCCCAAAUUUAAAUGAAACGUUACUCAAGAGGGAUACAACAAAGUAAACUACUAAAAAGAUUGAUAAUUUGUCAUAACUACUCUGCUCGCCCAGAUUCUAUUAACAUAUUUCACGAUAUGAAACAGCGCUAAAGAACACAGAGAUGGGAAGAGCAGCUGUACCAAACCUAAUAUACUUAGAAGAGUUCCAUGCAGGCAACAAAAUAAUUUUUAAGGCACUUGAGAGAUUCUCAAGGGACCUGAAACAAGAAACAUAAACCUUUAAAACAAAAUAGACCUUAUUUCUACUCCCCCAAAAAGUGAUAAAGUAUCAAUAAUUCAACCAAUAUGGCUGCUUUCCUAUUUCUGCAAAAUCUUUAGGGGAAUAAUUUAUAUAUUGAAGGCAUUUAUAUUUCUAUAUUAAGGACAUAAUGAAGAUAGGAGGAGAGAAUUGGCAUGUUUUACAAAUAAAAUUACCUUUUUUACAAUUUAAUUAAUGUUGUAGGGAAUACACGUUACCAUUCUUUUUUCUGUUUGUUAAAAAAGGAGGAAAUUUUUGCUGGUGGAGCAAAGUACCGCCUAAAAGACUCACUUCUUUUUACAAGUCAAAAUUAUGUAAGAAUCCUUGAAAAAUCAAGAGAUCUCUGACCUUCUGAUUAUGAAUAUAAAAGAGGAAGGAUAUAUGCUUACCAACAAUGUUUGCCACUGUUCUAGAUGAUAUUCAGCAUAUAGGCCCAAUGGAAGAAGGAUUCCCCAUAGAUGGUAAAGUCCUCCAAAUAUUCCUGUUUCCAUUGAUCAUAAAAGAGUUCAUCCUGCCUACCAAAACGGGAAAAAACAAAUGGUUGAAGAAUAUCUAUUUUCCAGGCCAUGGGUGGACAGCACAUAGAGCUGGUUCAUUGUUAUGUAGAUCUUGGGCAGAACUGUAGAUAAAUGCUGAUCUGGGACUAGAUCUAAAGAGGCAGAGAAUGAACUAGAUUGCUUUAGGAAAAUUGUGUGGUGCUUUUAAUGACUUCAGGAUUCUUCCUGAAAGAAAAGUCCAUCUUUUUUAACAGAAGUAUUUUAUUGUUGAUGCUAUGCAGUUGUAAGUAACAGAAUAGCAGUCUGUUGAAGAAGACUUAAAGUUGUCAGCCAACCAGAGGGCAGUAGAGGCACAAGCUGACGUUUAUAAAGUAUUCUUAUACUCUUCCCAUUGGAUCCCUAAAGUAAUUCUGUGAAGUCUAGAUUCUGUUAUUGUGCCUAUUUUACAAACAGGGAACCUGAGGCUCAUGAAAGGUAGAGUAAUCACACAAUCUCAGGUGGUAAGCAUUCAGGGUAAGAUUUAAUCUAAGUCUCCUGAUUGUAGAUCCAGUACUCUACCUACUUUGUCACAAUGCCUCUCUAACGAAGAAUUGAAGAAGAAAAAGUAUAAAGGGUGGGUGGCAGUGCCAUUAAACAGAAAAGGAGCUGAACUGAUCAUGAAACGAGAGAUUAAUAAUUCAUUGGUAGCCUGCUUGGUUCAUUGGUAUCCACACAAUGUCUAGAGAUAGCUAGGUAGAAAGAAUUUAGUAAGUGCUUCCUCUGUGCCAUAAACAGUGUUUAGUUUGUAUGUUGUAUGUAUGUUUGUAUGCACUUGGCAUACAAAACAAGGAACUAGAUUAUUCUCAAGGAAUUUUCGAGCGAAUGUGAUUCAGAGGGUAUCCGUGGUCAGGACAUAGCUGUACUGCUAAGGAAAUGGAAUGGGCCAGAGAGUGCAUUGAGCUGAGGGUAAAGUGAGCAUGACUGGAGCCUUUGGUGAAAUGGUGUCUCUGCCACAAGUCCUUCUUUCCUAAUUAGCAAGUACUUGGCCAGGAUCAAGAGGAAGUCUCUAGCAUAUUGGGUAGACCCCCAGUGGAGAAUUUUCAGAAGGAUCUAAAUAGGAAUUGCACAGUAUGAGAAGACAUGGGUAGUGUUGAAGAACUGGCUCAGUACCCUGAGAUUUCUUGCUUAAAUAAGGCAUUUCUUUAUUUCUUAUAGCUAUAGGGGAGAGAUUCAAAUAUUCUUAGUGUUUUGAAGAAGCUUCUUAAACCUAAACAAAAGUCAGUAUUUUUAUAAUCUUUGUAUAGAUGAAAAAGAUAUAUGGAGGUAUUUAGACAUCAUUGAGUUAAUACAGAGUUGGAAGACAAAUGAUAGAUGUAAAAAGUUGAUUUAUUGAGGCAAAAGCACAGUUCCUGAACAGUUUCUGGAAGCAAGUAACAUUAGCAGGGUAAUUGAUUACAGCAAGCCGAGCAGGUAUUUUCAUUUGUUUUGCCUAGAAACAACAAGCUUCCCCAGGAUAUAGACGGUUUACCAUAAUCCUUCAGGUUAGCAUCAUCUAACCUACCAAUAUCUCUGUGUAAUAAUGUCAAGCUCUUAAACAGACGUAAAGUCUUGAUGCCAAAUUACUCAUGUUUUGUGCUUCUAGAGCACAAGGACCAUCCUAGAAUUUGGGACUUGCUUCAUGGUCAGUGAGUCUGAUGAGGCAACCAUCAUCACUUCUGUACUGGUGAUCAUUGUAGAGAUCAAGGUCCAUUAGAUAGGCCUGUUUCCUUUGGGAAGAAUUAAGUGGUGGCAGAAAGCUUGGGAGAAGUAGCAAGUUAGGAUAAUGACACAUAAGAGAUGAGAUUCUUCUUGUGACCCACCUUUCAUACUAAGGGCUACCCAGUAUGAAUCAGUUGUGAGCAGAUCAUGGGUGGGGAGGGGAGAGUAUCAUUAUGAAACUUAUUAAUUGCAUUACUAUGCAGUUAAUACUGUGUAACUUUGCCAGGAAAGUCAGGGAUAUAGGUAUAACAUUGUUCUGUUAUAGCAUGGAACUCAUUUUGUUAACUAAUCAGUGGGCUAUCUGUUCUGUGUGGGAUUCUCUAUACCCAUGUAACAGUCCAUUCCCACAGACAUAGUAGUUGGCUUUGCUCCAAGGUGGCAAGUCCUCUUCACCAGUGGAUAAUCUAUCCAGCACUGGUCUUAAACAACCCUCCCAGUCAGCAUUUGGCUUGACAUCAGUUAGGGGUGAUCAUGGUGAAUCAAAACUGUUGGAGUCAGUGUCCUCCUUGUAGUGUAAUGCAUAGAAAACCUUGGCAAUUUGCUUUUGUAGGUAGUAUAGAUGAUAAAGAGAACUUAGUAUAAGUUCUUAAACUGAUAGACUUCUGCCAUGAACAGAGCCACAAGAUUAGAUGGUAUAGAAGAGUUUCCUCUGAUUCUUUCAGCAAGUAUGGCUUGAGAAUUGACAUCAGUAUUUUUUUCUCUUUCUUUGCCUAGCCACAGUGUUCUUUAUUUCUUGUAGCUGCAGGGGAAAAGACAUUCAUAUCCGCACUGGUGCUCUUCCCACCUGGCUGAGCAAGACAGAUUGUCUUUAUGAUCUUGGAAAAAUGGGCACCAUAUUUAGUGAUAAAUCAUUUUAAAUCAGUUUGUUCUAAGAGCGGCAGAACACCCUUUCUGUUUCAAGGCUAAACCCACAUAAAAGUUAUCUUUAGUCUACAGGAGAUAAAUGAAGUCAGUACAGGGUUUGAGGGAAUUCAUCCCACAGUCUUCAUUUUAGAGAAAAUUUAAAAGAACAGCUUUUAUUGCAAAUAUUCAGAUUUCCCAAUUUGUAGUUUAAAAAUUCAUUGGUAAUGCCAGAGAAACUUCAUUUAGAAAUCCUACAUAAAUUUAGUUUGGUACACCUUGUCAUUUUUGUAUCCUUUUCUUGAUCCCAGAUUGGGCAUAUCUGAGGACAGAAAGAAAUCUAUUCAAAUUGGGGAAAUUCCCAUUUUCUUUUAAAAUUGACUCCAUUUUUUAUCCUUUCUCACAUAUGGGUUUAUAUAUACUUAACAGAGAAAGAAGCUAAAUUUUACUCUUUCAUUUGAAAUGAUAGAAAAAUAGUUAACUUUCUGGACUCAUUCUAGUUUUCCUUUGGGCAGGCUUUUAGUUUUUCUCUUUGCCACACCACAGAAAUAUAACUUUUAUGGUUACUUUUUAUUUCUUUUUUGCACUUUUAUUUUUCAAGGGACUUAUUUUUUGCCUUUUCCUCCCCUUGAAUCAUCCUGUGCUUAAAAAUUCCACUUUUCUGAAGCUGACAAACCGUAGAACAAUAAAGGAUAUACAAAUAAGCCCGAAUUCCUUCAGGAGAGGCAAGGCUACCUUACAGGGGUACGUUAGAGCACCACCACCCCUUCUCUGCCCCCCCCAACUCAGUUUGUGCCAGAUCAUACUCCUAUAAUACGUAAGUCAGUGGCUAAAGUAGAAAUGACCAGCAGCUGGAGACAACUAUAAACUUGACAGGGAGAGCCAACCACCAAGACCUGGGGAAAAAAAACUCCACAACUGCUGUAAAGAAUUAGAAACAAGACAAAACAGCAGCCAGGACCCUGGGGAGAAAACGAUUUAGAAUCAUCAGAACAGCAGACAUCACAGCCUUGUCUAGAAAAACUGCAACAAAAACAGAGGAAUCAACCUCAAGCAAAACCAGAUAUUGGCUGCCCGGAUCUUCGGUAGUAACGACAAGAAAGCAUGAUCCUUUCAAACCAUACAUAUAACAUAUCAGGUUCUGACACCAGAUGCUUAAACCCAGAAGGACCAGCCUCGAAACUAGGACAGUUUGUCAAACCCUAUGACAAAAGAUUUUUCCUACCCAUAGGCCUUUGUAGUAAUGUCAAAAUCUAGAAGCACGUCAAAAAAAAAAA